AUGGCCACUGCAACCUCUACUCAGACAGGUCCUCUGUUGAUGGCUAAUGCCCAAGUCUGCAAGGUUAAAGAUGGGGACGAUACCUUCGUCCCUAUUCCCGGCAUGGAAGAGGCAAGCCUAAAAAUCUUCCAAUCUCAGGGCUUUUCCCCCAUUAAAGAUAGGCAUCUACAGUGGUUACUUCGUGUAGAGAGUGCAAUGAGCUCUUCUUGGGUGGAAACUGGCAUAUUCGAGUUUAUCCAACUCGCAAAAUUUGAUCUGCAUCUCUUCGACCCUCAAAUGCUCCUUUCUGCAAUUUUCUUUUGGAAUAGAGAGACUCGAGCUUUCGAGUUCUCUUGUGGUUUUGUCUGUCCUACUCUACUCGAUAUUGCCGCCAUCACUGGUUUAGCACCUGUUGGGGAUAGGUUUUACCCUGAUUUGUUCGAAGAAGAGAUUUCGAUCAAAGAAACUUCGAUAUCUUGGGAUAAGAAGACUUACUUGGCCUUCAUCAAUGCUCACAUGGGAAAACCUGGUACUUCUGUUUCGACUUUGGAGCAUAUUGCCUUCUUGAUGUAUUGGCUUUCUGCCUGUGUUUUCUGUACCCCCUCUCUUCAAGUUCCUAAGUAUUACUAUAUCUUGGCUCAAACCCUUCAUCUAAAAAAGAAAAUUUGUUUGAGUAAACUUCUGUUGGCCUCCUUGUAUAGUUGUCUCGAUGAAGCUUCAGAAAGCCUUUUUCGCGAGUCUGGUCCUCGGAAUCUCUCUGGGCCACUAUGGUUACUUCAAUUAUGGCUCAAUGCGAUUUUCGAGAAGAAGCUUUCUCUGACAUUGCCCUUCACCCCAGCAUGCAAACUCGAAGGUGCACGUUUGACAACCCUCACUCCUCGAAAACGUUCAGUUGACAAUUUUGCCAAAUAUAUUGAUGCUAUCCCUAGUUUUACUGAUUUUAGUGAAGACUUAGCCCCUUUUAUUCGUACCACUUUGACGGGCCCUUCUUGGCUUCGACACAAUAAUCAAGUUGGGCAAAUAUCCCAUGAUUCUCUCGAGAUGUGGUUUGGUUUUCUUUCUUGGGAUGUCAUAAUCUCGGGAAUGCGGCAAAAGGAUGUUAGGAUUUACCCUUAUCAUCCUCAGCUCUUUGCUCGACAAUUUGGACUUUGUCAAAUGAAACCCCUUCCUCUUCGACGUAAAGAGAGCAUCGAUGCUGAUAUUUGUGUCGAAGAAGGGAAUUACCAAGAAGUUCUAGAUUUUAUUCUCCGUCCUGACAAAGAACUUAAGCUCACACCGUCUACUUUCUCUCCCUCCUUCCUAGUCUCGAAAUGUUAUCUUCGAUGGUGGUGUCAAUAUUAUGUAGAUAAACUUAUCGACUUUGAUGGUUUUUUGAAGAAGCUGAUCAAUUCUCCUCUUUCUUCGUAG